AUGAUUGUGCCAACUGGGUUCAGAUUCAAUCCCACUGAUGAGGAGCUCAUCGAAAUUUUACAAAGGAAAGUUUCUGGAAAAGCAAUGCCUCUUCAUGACUGUUUCAUCGUUGAAAGAAACUUAUAUGAGCAUGAACCAGAAGAGCUUGAAUGGGACGAAACCAUGGCUGUUCAUAAGAACGAGAGGUAUUUCUACUGUAUAAGAGAGAAUGAUUCUCGAGAAGUAUCGGGUCGAGGAUGGUGGAAAGCUACAAGCCAUGUUAAGAAGAUUUACGCUAAUAAUAAGUGUGUGGUUGGUUACAAAAGACCUCUCACAUUUCACAAGUUUAAGGACAAUAAAAGAAAGCGAAACAAAGCUAUCAAAACUAAUUGGAUUAUGUAUGAAUACAGCCUUGAAUCCUUCACAACGGAAUGGAGAAUUUGUAAGAUCAAAUAUAAGGGAAAACAAAGUGUGCAAGUUGAAAAAGAGGUGGAGAAUAUUACUAAAAAGGAUUACAGUUUGAGUGAUGAAUCUGGAGGAAGCUGUUCUAUAAUGGAAAUGGAAUCGGUUUUUGUAGAUGAAGAGCAGCAACAGCUACAGUCUCUCAAUCUAAUGGAGAAAUUUUAUGAGCCUGAUUUUGGUCAGAAUAUGAACAUAGAAGUCAUGGAUGAGCAGCAACUUCUGUUAUAUGAUAAUUCUUGCUCUUAUGAUCCAAUCCUAACCCACAUUGCAAAUGAUUAUUACUAUUGUGAUCAACUAGAGCAUCCAUUUUCUACUGAUGUACUUCUUCCUAGCUUUUGGUCUAGUUGA